AUGGUGCAAGAAAAUGAAACUGAAGUUUUGGAAUUCAUACUGAUGGGUUUUUCUGCUCAUCCCAGUUUGGAACCAUUACUUUUUGUGAUAUUCACUUUCAUAUAUAUGGCAACCCUCUUUGGUAACUUUGGCAUCAUCGCCCUGGCCACAGCAGAUCCUCACUUACAAACACCAAUGUAUUUUUUCCUUAGACAUCUGGCUUUUUUGAACCUUUGCUACACUACUGCUGUAGUCCCAAAAAUGUUGUCUAACCUGAUAUCUGCUAAGAAAACUAUAUCCUACCUACUGUGCAUGAUGCAAACAUACAUCUCUGCCUUUAUGGGAGCUGCAGAAUGCAUCAUUCUGGCUGUGAUGUCUUUGGAUCGCUAUGCAGCUGUGUGCCACCCUCUGCGCUACACCAUUAUAAUGAAUCGCCAUGUCUGUGUGAGGAUUGCAGCAGCAGCUUGGACAUUAAGCUUCCUAGUUUCAGUGGUUCCGCUUAGAUUAAGCUUGCCUCCUCUUUGCAGACCAUAUGUCAUUAACCACAUUUUCUGUGAAGUUCCUGUUCUGCUGCAUAUGAUCUGCUCUGAUACCUCCCUAAAUGAACUCUUAAUGUUACUGUCAGGUAUCAGCACACUGAUGCUGCCCUUCAUCUUGAUCCUUGUGUCUUACGGCCACAUCAUUGGUGCUGUGAUCAGAAUCCGCACUGUGGGGGGCAGGCGCAAAGCCUUUUCCACUUGUUCUUCUCAUCUAACAGUGGUGACCAUUUAUUAUGGGACUGGCAUGUUUAUGUACAUGAGGCCCAAAUCAAGUUACUCACCAGAGACUGACAAAUUUAUUUCUGUAUUUUAUGCUGUCAUCAAUCCUAUGCUGAACCCCAUUAUAUACAGUUUCAGGAAUAAUGAAGUCAAGGAGUCCUUCAUGAGGGCCUUUGGAAGGAAUACAUUGGGCAAAACUCUCUAG